GGCGAGGACCCAGGUUUUUUUUUCAAUUCUUGCACUUGCCUUUUUAUUCUAUGCUCUUUUGUAUCUAUCCCAUCCCGCCGCCUGCUUCUUCCCGUCCUCUUCUUUUUUUCCUUGUCUUCUCUUUCCCCUUCCAAUGCUUUGAAUCGGUUUCAGUUGCAGGUCUCGUCUCGCAACUCCGACCCGUCUUUGACUCCACGCCCAUUCGCGCUUCUGAUCAGUCCCGGUCACGCUUCACCUCGCUAGACCGCCGCCGCCGCCGCAGUACUAGCAGCACAGCAAAGCAGCGAUCCCAUCCACUGUACCGCACAUCAAUUUGUGCGGCAGCGACUUCCGCAACAGCACAGCACAGCACAGCACAGCACAUCACAGCGCAGCGGCUGUCGGCAUCACCGCCGCCUCACGUUGCACCCGGGGGGGUAUCUAGCCGCCGUCAGCUGUCAUAACGCAGCGCCGUCCGCGGCCCUCCUCCCUUACCUAGUAGAGGUAGUACCUACCUACCUACUUACCUAGCUCGACACCACCAUCGCUCCGGUUGCCUGUUCCGUAACAACGAAGAGAUAGCGCAUCCGAAUCGCACCAACAAACAAACAAAACCAAGCACAUCCCGCCUCCACCCUCCCCCGGCGCUCUGCCAAUUUCCUUCAACAACAAAGCCCCGACGAUCGCGCAACGGUAAUACGUUCGGACUCUGGGCGCCAUUCCCUGGAGGUAGCGACCCUCUCGUAUCCUCAUCUCCCCAUCCGGCGCCAGUGGGUGGAGACUGGAGACCAUGGCGGAUCCCCAAUACGCUCGCCGGCGAGCUUCCCUGGAUCCUUCAUUCCACGCUGGUUACUCGCCUCACACACAUUCCCGGUCGCGAAACGGCUCCAAUGGCUUCGCCUCUCCUCUAACAACACCGCCCGUGACUGCCAACUACCAAAUGCAAAUGCCGAUGCCGAUGCAUCUCGUCCAAUCUCAAUCGAACCAUCAACGACGAUCGCCCAGCGUGAACACUUUCAGCACCGUCUCCAGCGGAGGAGGAAUGCCGCCCCCGCCCGCCGCCUACCGAACGUCGCCCACCAGCGACAUCAGGAGAUCUACCUCGAGUCGCUCCGGCGGCACCACCGACCAACCAACCAGCUAUGUCGCACUCCUACGAAAGCAAAAAGCGACGGUAUGGUGCGACCGUGCACAAUAUGAGGAUCCCAGAUUGCUAGCACAGCAGCGUGCGGCCAAGACGCGGGCAGCCAUGGAAGUUUCGGGCGCGGUAACGGGUUCGGGAACGACCAGCGCCCGCACAAUAACCGGUCUGUCUGCGGGAGGAAAGGUCGCCGCAAAGAUUCGACAUCACGGAAAGCCGACAGUCGUCGGAUACAUACCAGAUGGCCACCACGUCGGCGUGGGAGGCAUCCCUCUGAGACUCAGCGCGACCGAGGUGGAAGGCGAAGAUAGCGACGAUGAUAACGACGCCUUGAACCGAUACAAUCACCGGAGAACCGGUAGCUCCAGUCGAAGCAGCACCGCCAGCGGGAGAAAGGGAUUGGGCUAUCGCGCUUCCGGACAACUCGGACCAUCGAAUUCACAAGGCUCCGGCUCUCGAAGGUGGACCCCCGGCGACACGCCAGAGCGACGGGGCUCCCUAGCGCAGACCAGCGAGCAGGCCUCUGCUGGCAACGAUGCGGCUAGCGGAAAGGCCCUGAGCUUUGCCAGCGGGAGCAGUAGCGAGCGUCUAGAUGCUGUCCCUGACCUCCAGGCCCACCCACAACGACAGCUGGCAACCAACAGCUUACUCAACGCCACUCUGACGCGCGAGAAGAGUGUUAAGAACCCCGAGGAGCUCAAGAGGAGAGGAAGCGUGGACGAAAGGACAUAUGAGAGGACAAUGACAUUCAACUCGUCCGGUCGCUUGUUCAUCGCCAACCCUGAUUAAAGCAAGCAGAAUCGGGAGCGGAUCGAAGAAGGAGAUUUUUACUACGUCGGGUUUUGGGCUUUCCAAACAGCCGGAACCUGUGAUACACAGCAUGGGAAUUUGUGCCUGAAACUACAUGCAUAGCUAGGCGCAUGGGUGUUUGCGUUUUGUUCUUCUUUUUAAAUCUUUUCUUUUUUUUUUUUCCAAAGGGAAAAGGUUGUCAGGCACGGGCACGGUCACUGUCUCGAAUGCACUGCACAACACCACAGGUCGUUCGAUGGUAGCCAAUUAUUGCUUGGAUAGGGUUAUUCGGAAAAAUAAUACUUUGCUUUGGGACACACACACACACACACACACACAUCCUUGAGAUACCAUUGAAUGCGAUCUGGUUUUUGUUUUACAUUUUCCGAUGAGACGUACAUACACGCUACAACAACUAUGCGAUAUGUGACAAGCAUCAACUUAGUUGUCAUCCUUACGGCGUCUACACUGCCGAUCCUGUUUGGAGCGCUUAACGCUUACCAUACAAGCUCAUUAAGUCAUGGUAUAAUAGAACGGUUUAC